CUCGUGAGAAGUGGGGUGAGGAAGCGAGUGAGAACGAGAGCUCGUCGGAGAUGGAAGCCGCGCCCCCUAACCGCCAGGUCGCCGCAUUACGAGGAAAAAAAACAACGUCAAGGUCCAGUCUUUGUGCCCACAUCCUACCCAGGCCUGGAUUUCAGAGGCAGUGGCGUGGAAGCGAUUUGAUGCCGUGCCGUCGCACGCUGCGCUGUGCUGCGGAGGAAACGGGCCCCCUGACACAUUGGAGAAGCCGUGACCGAUCUCACAGGCCAUUUCAUUCUCCGGACUCGGAACUGACUGCAGCCCCGGCAAACAAGCGGAACAAUUCAGUUGCGAUCGACUGAACGGCCUGAUCAAGUGGACGUAGGUGGUCCCGGCCCGGGGCCAGCGAUAUGUCAAACAUUUGGAAGACGCUCAGUGGGAAACAUUGGAUUUGAAAGUUUACAAGCAGUUUCAAAUUGGACUAGAUGGCAGGGGCUCAGCCAGGAGUCCACGCGCUGCAGCUCAAGCCGGUGUCCGUGCCCGAGAGCCUCAGACGGGGCAACAAAUUCAUGAAAUGGGACGAUGACUCCACCACUGUGAGCCCCGUGACGGUAACCGUCGACCCCAAAGGCUACUUCCUGUACUGGACGGACCAGAACAAGGAGACUGACUUACUGGACAUUGCUUACAUCAAAGAUGCCCGCAAUGGAAAAUGUACCAAAACACCAAAGGAGGCGAAGCUGCGCGAGCUGCUGGACGUCAACACGCUGGUGGGCAAGAUGGAGAACAGGAUGCUGACGGUGGUGAGCGGCACUGACAUGGUCAACGUCACAUACCUGAACUUUAUGGCCUUCCAGGAGGAGACGGCUAAGGAAUGGGCGGAGGAGUUGUUCAGCUUGGCUUCCAACCUGCUGGUGCAAAACAUGUCCAGAGAGGCCUGCCUGGAAAAAGCAUACACGCGACUCAAGCUGCAACUCAACCCUGAAGGUCGAAUCCCCGUCAAGAACAUCUUCAGGAUAUUCUCGUCAGACCGCAAGCGGGUGGAGACGGCAUUGGAAAACUGCAAUCUUCCGUCUGGCAGAAACGACUCCAUCCCCCAAGAAGACUUCACGCCAGAGGUGUACAACCUGUUCCUCGGCAACAUCUGCGCCCGGCCCGAGCUGGACCACAUCUUCUCUGAUAUGGGUGCAAAGAGUCGUCCGUACCUGACCGUGGAGCAGAUGACGGAGUUCAUCAACAGCAAGCAGCGAGACCCGCGACUCAACGAGAUCUUGUACCCGCCCCUCAAGCCCGAGCAGGUCCAGCAGCUGCUGGACAAAUACGAACCCAACGCCGCCCUCGCGCAGAACGGUCAGAUCUCAGUGGAGGGCUUCGCUAGGUACCUGAACGGCGAGGAGAACAGCAUCAUCCCCCCGGAGAAGCUGGACCAGAGCGAAGACAUGACCUUUCCCCUCUCACACUAUUUCAUCAACUCCUCGCACAAUACUUACCUCACAGCGGGGCAGCUUGCAGGCAACUCGUCCGUGGAGAUGUACAAGCAGGUGCUUCUGUCCGGCUGCCGCUGCAUCGAGCUGGACUGCUGGAAGGGACGCACCACAGAAGAGGAACCCGUCAUCACUCACGGCUUCACCAUGACUACCGAGGUCUCCUUUAAGGAGGUGAUCGAGGCCAUCGCAGAGUGUGCCUUUAAGACCUCGCCCUUCCCCAUCAUCUUGUCUUUCGAGAACCACGUGGACUCACCCAAGCAGCAGGCCAAGAUGGCCGAGUACUGCCGCUCGAUAUUUGGUGACGCUUUGCUGACAGAACCGCUGGAGAAAUAUCCCUUGGAGUCCGGCGCACUUCUGCCAAGCCCGAUGGAGCUGAUGGGCAAGAUCCUGGUGAAGAACAAAAAGAAGCACCACAAGGCCUCAUCGGACGGCAGCGGCAAGAAGAAGCUGGCUGAGCAGGUGUCCAACACCUACAGCGACACGUCCAGCGUUUGCGAGCCGUCCUCGCCCGGAGCCGGUUCCACAAAGGAGGAGGUGACUGAGUCCUCCCAGCCGGCAGAGGGCGCCGAGCUCAGUCUGAGGCCUCAGGGUAGAAAGUCCAUCGGUGAGGUGGAGGCUGAAAGCGAGGAUGACGAUGACGACGACGACGACUGCAAAAAGGGAUCCAUGGAUGAGGGCACGGCGGGCAGCGAGGCGUUCGCCACGGUGGAAAUGUCCAACCUGGUUAUCUACAUCCAACCUGUUAAGUUUAACAGCUUUGAGGCUUCCAAAAAGGCAAGUCGUAGCUACCAGAUGUCGUCCUUUGUGGAGACUAAAGCUUUGGAACAGCUCACCAAGUCUCCCGUGGAGUUUGUGGAAUACAACAAACUUCAGCUAAGCAGGAUUUACCCUAAAGGCACCCGAGUGGACUCGUCCAACUACAACCCGCAACUCUUCUGGAACGCCGGCUGCCAGCUGGUGGCGCUCAACUUCCAGACCAUUGAUCUAUCCAUGCAGCUCAACCUGGGCAUGUACGAGUACAACGGGAAGUCGGGCUUCCGGCUCAAGCCGGAGUUCAUGAGGCGGCCCGACAAGCACUUCGAUCCGUUUACCGAGAGCACGGUGGACGGGAUAGUCGCCAACACGCUCUCUGUCAAGAUCAUCUCAGGCCAGUUCCUGUCGGACAAGAAAGUGGGCACCUACGUGGAGCUGGACAUGUUCGGCCUUCCGGUGGACACCAAGCGCAAAGCCUUCAAGACCAAAACGUCGCAGGGGAACGCCGUCAACCCCGUGUGGGACGAGGAGCCCAUCGUCUUCAAGAAGGUGGUCCUGCCCACGCUGGCCUCGCUCCGGAUCGCCGUCUUCGAGGAGGGCGGAAAGUUCAUAGGGCACCGCAUCAUACCCGUGUCGGCCAUACGGCCAGGUUAUCAUUACAUCAACCUGAGGAACGAGAAGAACCAAACUUUGACUCUUCCCGCCCUCUUCGUCUACGUGGAAGUCAAAGAUUAUGUUCCCGACACGUUUGCAGACGUCAUCGAGGCUCUUUCCAACCCGAUCCGCUACGUCAACCUGAUGGAGCAGAGGGCCAAUCAGCUGGCUGCUCUCACCCUGGAGGAGGGCGGGGACGACGAGGCCGACAAGGAGGUGGAGGCGGGUAGCGACCCCCCCUCAGAGUCCAAGGCGGACCCCAGGGCCGCGGUGCCGGCAGAGAACGGACUGAGCCACGCCCCUUUCGCCCCCAAGCCCCCGUCGCUGGUCGGACAUCAGCCUCAAUCUGCAGGCUCUUUGAAACCUCCCGUGAAGACCGAGGACAUCAUCCAGAGCGUCCUCACCGAAGUGGAAGCGCUGGCGCUGGAGGAGCUGAAGCAGCUCAAGGGCUUCGUACGCGAACAACGGAAGCAGUACAAGGAGAUGAAGGAGCUGGUGCGCAAACACCACCGCAAGACGGCCGAGCUCAUCAAGGAGCAUGCGGCCCGCGUGGGCGAGCUGCAGAGCCAGCAGCAGCGGCGGCGCAACGCCCUGCACAAGAGCCACAAACGAGAUGGUAAGAAAAGCCGGUCAGAACAGUCGCUGUCCACGCUGGACCGCGAGCUGUGCGAUCUGGACCAGGAGUGUGGCCGGCGUCUGUCCGAGCUGAAGGAGCAGCAACAGCAGCAGCUCCUCACGCUGCGCCAGGAGCAGUACUACAGCGAGAAGUACCAGAAGAGAGAGCACAUCAAGCAGCUGGUGGAGAAGUUGACCGCCCUGGCCGAGGAGUGUCAGAGUGCACAGCUGAAAAAGCUGAGAGACAUCUGCGAAAAGGAAAAGAAGGAUCUGAAGAAGAAAAUGGACAAGAAGAGACAAGAGAAGAUCAGCGAAGCCAAGUCCAAAGACAAGAACGUCACAGAGGAAGAGAAGCUGGAGAUAAACAGGUCGUUUGUCAACGAGGUGGUGCAGUACAUAAAACGGCUGGAGGACGCGCAGAGUAAACGGCAGGAGCAUCUGCAGGAGAAACACAAGGACAUACGACAGCAGAUUUUGGAUGAAAGGCCCAAGCUGCAGAGUGACCUGGACCAGGAGUACCAGGACAAGUUCCGCCGGCUGCCCGUGGAAAUCCAUGAAUUCGUCCAGGACAGCGGCAAGGCCAAGGCGGGCGACGCCGCCAACCCGGCCGCCUCCUCCUCCUCCGCCGGUUCCGCGGCCGAGCGGCUCAACCACAAAACGUCGCAGUCGGAGGACGACGCCGAGGAAGCCUCGCUGGAGCGGGCCUACGACACACCCCUUUAGAGGCGGACGCAGGGCGCGUUUGCCGAGCCGUCGUAGGACUCAGUGUGGUGAGUAGCGCUGGUCCCGCCGACCCCCCCCCACCCCAUGUACAUAGUACCUUUGUUGUAUUUGUACAUCACCUGUGUAUCGUCCACACUAUUUGGGUGCGGCCACGGUUCAGUGCCACUAACUAUUGAAGGAAUAACGUACUUGAACUAUUGCAGAUUUUCUAACAUGUUAAUGUCCGGUCAUCAUUCACUCCUGUAACUUUUGUGUAUUUUUUUUGCACUGAUUUCUCACCCCCAACCCCCCGACAUUGUGACCCGGUAGAAUUCACGUUCUUUUCGUUCUCACGGAACGACGCUGCUACUUCCUUUCAGUGCCACCUUUUUACCACCGAUCGAUGUCGUUUGUGCAAAUGUUUGUUUUGGACCAGGACAUGUACAGUUUUCUGCAUGUACUCAAAACUAACUGUAGAUGUAAUGGUAGCUCUGUAGCAGUCGAUUGGAAAGGGGGGAGGAAGAAAUGAAUUACAACAAAUAUUCAAGCAUGUAGGAAUUUUUUUUUUUAAUUAUUAUUAUUUUGUGAAUUUAUACAGUGAACCCCCUGCAUAUUUGUUGCAAAUUCAGCUCUGAAUUUUUUUGGUUGAACUCAUUUUUCGCUGCUUUUGUGUUCAAACAAAAAAGUGUUAGUGAAUUGAGGAGUUUCAUGUAGACAAUAGGAGUCCACUGUCGCCAUCUUGUGGCAUCUGUCGGCAAUAACAAAUCUUUUUGGAGGGUUUCGCUACGGUUGCACCAAUAUCUAAUGCAUUGUGCCUGACAAAUAUUUGCCUGUUUCAGACAUAUUUUACAUUAGGGAAAUCCCACCCCUCAAAAAAAAGUUUAAUUUCAAUUUAAUAAUUUAAAUAAUUUAAUUAUUCAGUCUGUCACUUUACAUCGGUGAGACAUUGUUUUGUAAAACAAAUGAUUGAAAUGAUGAUAAUUCCUGCGGCACACCUGAUGUUAUUUCACAGCAUGUUAAAAUGCUUUUGAAUCACUGAUCUAAUCUCUUAUAAUCAUUUCAUGAUUUUAAUCUCAUUUUAAUUCUGUAUAACAAAAGUGACUCAGUAAUUGCAGUAAUAUUUGUCAUUUUUUCACAAAGGAUACAAAAAUCCCUGCGAGCAGUGUCAUAUUGUCUAUCUACAUAUUUCGCUCUGUUUGUGUUCAAAUAUUUUUUUUCUUAAAGCGUGAAAACACCGCCACAGAGAUCGUAUUCGUUUGCACGUCUAUGGCAUUUCCCGCGAUGCGCUGAUUGUUCUCUAUGUUGUAAACUGCUGUUUUUUGGGAAAAUAUUUGUCAUUUUUUCACUAAGGAUACAAAAAAAUCCCUGCGAGCAGUGUCAUAUUCUCUAUCUACAUAUUUCGCUCUAUUGUUUGUGUUCAAAUAUUUUUUUUCUUAAAGAGUGAAAACGCCGCCACAGAGAUGUUAUUCGUUUGCCCGUCCAUGCCAUUUCCCACGAUGCGCUGAUUGUUCUCUUUGUUGUAAACUGCUGUUUUUUCGGCGAGUUGCGUUCACUGCCGCCAUCCAGCACUUGUAUCGCACAUUUUUGCUCUCAAGUCAAAUCGCUCGUAUUUCAAGGCACCACAAUUUGAAAUGAAAACACAAAAACAAGAAAAUGGAAUAUAAUAAACAAAAAAAUGUAUCCAUUAAAAAAAAAUAGCAGCCCCCACUCAAGUUUGUUUUCAUCACAUCUACUCUAAACGAAAUGUCACUUCUCAAUUAUUAAUACAAAAACUUCAUCCAGGAUCUACAUGCUGCAUUGUUGUUUUUUUUUUUUUUACUUAUUGAUGGAUGUCUUCUGAUUAUUUCAUUUUAGAAAAAAAAACAAAUAUACUGUAUAUAACGUCGACGGAGUGGUAAACAAAAAGACUCUUUGAGCGGUUGAGCGUAUGACGAGUCCCGUGCCUUUUUUUUUUUUUUUUUGCAUCCAUCGGCCUUGUCGUGAUGUGGAACGUGCGGAAUGUGUCCCUCCCGCUGUUAUUAUUCUGAAAACGAUGAAUUUUUUUUCGUGAUAUUUCGUACUUUGUUACUACUACUGACGGAGUAACACUUGUGAUUGUGACCACAAAAGAGAAGGGGAAAAAGCCUUUUUAUUCAUUUGGUUACUAAUUUAUGCAACGUCUUGACUGACUACUUGAUUUAAAGCGUCACGUGUAUGCACUCUGGAAUUGUACAUGUAUAUAUAUAUAUAUAUAUAUAUACAUACAU